UGAUGCCGAUCGGCAGUCGUUGGAACGCACAGCCAUAUGCCAUGCGCGCGCCGGAAGUCUUCCUAGGUCAGCCAUGCACGGCGCCAUCAGGGGUCUGGGCAAUUGCCGCCAUGCUGCUCUGCUGGAUCAAGCCUGGCAUUCUUGGGGUGUGGGACAGUCCACAUCCCUUCAUUAACGAAGCUUGGUGCAUGGCGAAGAUCAAGCGUCUCUUUCCCCACUGGGAAACUCCAGGUUCGGACACGAUUGAUGACCCUUUGCUUAAAGCUGCACUCGAUUCGGCCCAUAGACUUGGGGAAGGCGCUCCAGAGCUGCAGGCUAUCUUAGGUUUGGAUGCGGAGUUGCAAAGGGUGGGAAUUCCGGAGCAAUUACGAGAUCUUCUGCGGUUUAUGUUGGUAGUCGACCCGGUUCAAAGGCCCUCUGCCUUCUCUGUCUUGACGUCAAAGGAGCUCAAGGCACUCGAGAAGGUUGUUAGCGUAUGAUCUAGUUAAUUUGGCGAUUGUGAGCUAUUUGGCCCCGA